ACAGUUUUUUGUCGAUCGCCGGGCAAGCGGUCGUCGGACGUUAUAACCUUUUUUACUCGCUCUUAGAUCUAUCAAUAUUUUAUGUGUUGAUCGUUUUCGUCUGAACGUUAGCAAACAGAGUUAAUUUCUUUGGCAUAGUCUAAUAACGGUUUUUGUUGGUUUACCAUUUUUAUUAUUCAAUUGUUGCAGUUUUGCCGGUGAUUAGUGCGUAUAUUGUACUUGUAAUUAACCGACCAUUAACGCCAUGUUGGGGUUUAGACAUCGUUUUCGUCGCCGUCGUUAAUAAAUUGUCUAGACGUUGUGAUUAGGGCGAUAGUGUGUUACGUUAUCUAAUAGUUGUGAUUGAAGAGAAGCAAAAAUAAAAAUGCUGUGUGCCGAAGAGAUAGCUAGUAGCAUAGACGAGCAGGACGCUGGAGCAUUCAAGUCACCAAUACGACGUCUCGGUUCGACUAGGAAAAUUCUGUACUUCAACAAUAUUCGCCUCCAGCUUAACGAACACCUAAGAUGUUUGGACAGCCGGGUCGAAGCACAAGUGUCCUUGGUAUCCGAGCUCCAAGACUUCUUCAGGAGGCGGGCCGAAGUUGAAAUGGACUACAGCAAGAGCCUAGACAAACUGGCUAAAAGCUUGCAAUUACGCCACAAAGAACAAAAACAAAAGAGAGAACAGUGGUCACUGUUUACUAGCUACUCGUGUUGGCAGCAAUUAGUUUUGCAGACAAAAAAUCUCAGCAAAGAUCACGGGGCGUUAAGCGAACUUUAUUCUACACAUCUAGUCAGCCGGUUAUCUCAAGUAGCAGAAGACGUGCAGAGGAUAUACAAAAGAUGUCGAGAGAUCUGUUACGAAAUCCACGAAGAGAUACUCCGCGUCCUACACGAAUUGCAUACUACUAUGAAAACGUAUCAAUCUUACCAGUCGGAAGCAAAACAAGCAGAAGCCAAACUCAAAGUAGCCGAAAACCAAAGACUGAAAAUUGAGCAAGCAGUUCCUAAAGAAAAGCUUGAAAAAUCUAAAAAAGUUCGGCUUAUCGGUAAAGAAGUGCAAAAGCGGAAAAAUAAAUAUUUCGACGCUAAACUAAAAGCGUUAAAAGCUCGCAACGAGUACAUUUUAUGUCUCGAAGCAACAAAUAGCACAGUACAUAAGUAUUUUGUUGACGACCUGUCUGACCUAAUGGAUUGUAUGGAUUUCGGGUUUCACCAUUGUGUCACCAACGCUAUGAAAAUGUAUACCUCGGCCGAGGAAAGUCGCAUACAUUCCAUGCAAACGGGAUUAGAUGCAUCCAAUCUGAUAGUUUCGGCUAUGGAUUCGGGAGUGGACAAACAACGAUUUUUAGAAUCUAACCAUACCGCUUUUAUGAUACCUAAGAAAUUUGAAUUUCAGGGACAGAGAGAUGAGUAUGCCGAGCCAGAGUUGCAAAAAUUGCUCUGUGCCGAUAUGGAAACUAGACUAGAACAAUUAGAUCAACGUGUGACAACUUUGCAUACGGAGUCGGAUGAAGUGUGGAAGACAUUAGCAACUGCCGAAAAGACUCUGUUAGAGAUGCUCACGGCAAACGACUACGAUUGCAGUAGUUACUUCGGUGAAAAGGCUAUACCCACUAGCAAGCCACCGGAAACAAUAACGAUUAAAUUAAGAGCUGACAAACAUGAGACUGAAGAAUUUUAUUUAACUAAGUUACGUGAUUAUUUAAUGAGAACAAGUCGAAUCGUCCGUCUAGACGCCAAACAACAGCAUAUCAAUGAAACCUUGUCAACCAUAUGUUUCAAGCGUCCUCAAAAUGGCAAUUCAGAGUCGACACCUGCAAAACAGACGCCCCAACGGCCGAUUCACAAACCGAUAGUCCGCAGAAAAAGAAUUGGAAGAUUACAAAUGAAUGGACAGCCAAAACUGUUUGGCGGAUCUCUUGAAGAGUAUUUGGACGCUACUAAUCAAGAGAUUCCGUUGGUAGUGAAAAGUUGUAUUCGAAUUAUUAACUUGUUUGGUUUGCACCAUCAAGGGAUUUUCAGAGUAUCCGGAUCGCAAGUAGAGAUAAAUAAUUUUAAAGAGGCGUUCGAGAGGGGAGAGGACCCACUUGCUGAUAUGACUGAUGCUUCAGAUAUUAACUCUGUUGCCGGCGUACUGAAACUUUAUCUAAGAGAACUUCGAGAACCCUUAUUCCCAAUUAUAUACUUUGACCAGUUCAUGGAACUUGCCCAAUUAGAAUCAAGGCAUCAAUUCGUAAUGAAAAUUAAAGAGUUAGUUCAAAGUUUUUCAAGUCAAGUAGUCGUCAUGUUAAGAUAUUUAUUUGCUUUUCUCAAUCAUUUAUCAGAAUUUAGCGAUGAGAACAUGAUGGACGUUUAUAACUUGGCUAUUUGUUUCGGCCCUACGCUGGUGCCAGUUCCCGAGGAAAAAGAUCAAGUGCAAUAUCAAAACCUCGUUAAUGAUCUCAUAAAAAAUAUAAUACUUUUCCACGAAGACAUUUUCCCGUCAUCAACAGAGAUAGGUGGAUUGGUAUAUGAAAAAUAUAUAUCUAGAGAACCAGAUGAUGCGGAUGUAGGAGAUUCGCCAUCGGAUCACGCUCAAGAAGACAUUGAUUCAGAGGUUUACCCGUCAGAAGACGAGUGUGAAAGUUUAGAAGCCACUGCUCAGUACGAUUUUGCUGCUCGAUCCGAACGAGAGUUAAGUUUCAAGAAAGGCGAAACAAUAGCUUUGCAUACUCAGGUGUCAGGAGACUGGUGGCGAGGCUGUAUUAAUGGCCGUGAAGGUCUUAUACCUGACAAAUAUAUACUUCUCAAAAUAAGAGAUGAAGAGAAAGAGAAACCCAUAACGGAACUUUGUUCAAAAUCGAUCACUUCCUCAGACGACUCAACACGUCGGCGAACUUCUAGUUCCAAUGAUUCUGUGAUAUCCGAAUCUGCUGCUUCUGGGUACUCUUCUCCGCCUUUAGGAGAAGUACCUUGGCCGCCUAACGGACCUAACCAGGCUGAAAAGUAUGAUGGCAACAACUGCUGUUCGAUCAUGGUGACAUCGGCAGCAUCUUCGUGUACCACCUCGUCGUCUACAUCGCCACCACCUCCACUGCAUACUCAUCACUCCAUGAACAACACAACAGCUCACGAGAUUAUUGGUAGUAUGGAUAGUUUAGAUUCUGGGAAAGGAUCAGUUUUAGAAGAUCAGUCUCACACUGAAGAAAUCUCAGAAUUAAUUCUUAUUCCAGCAAGAGAAGAUAAUAUCAAUUUAUACAAAAAACAUACAGCUGUAUCGUCAGUAGUGCGCGAACAUCAUCAAGUUAGAUCAAAGUCCGCAGAUGGUACUGGAAGGUCACGAAAGAAGCAUGCUAAGAGUUUAAGUAUGGGUGAUGACUCUUUUGAUCAUAAAAUACAACUAUGGCGUAGACGAGCAGAUUCUCAAGGAUCAAUGGAAUACCGUAAAAUAACUAAACAACAACUGACUCAGCCGCAACAAACCAUUGUAAAAGUGAGUGGUGGAGCUCCAGAUUUAGUUAUGGAUUUGCCCAUAAGAAAAAUAGAUGCAUCAAUUACAGAAUCUAUUGGAUCAGAUGUCAAUAGUGUCAAAAGUUGCAAUAUAGUAAGUGAUCCAGACAGCCCAGACAUGGGAACAACUGCUGAGCGUUUUGCUAAACAAAAUCAAUGUACGUUGAAAAAAUAUAAUAAGCCUUUACCACAAUCCAGCAAAAGUAAACCUGAAUUACCUCCCAAAAUGACCAAGCCUCCUAUUAAAGCAAAACCACAAAUUUUCAAAAAACCUUACCCGCUUCCUCCUGCGACCCUCAAAGUGACUAGUAAUGAUGAAACAAAUUUUAAAAAAUGAGAUGUUUAUAGACUCACCAACAAUUGGUAAUGAUUUCGAAACUUAUUUUGUGUACAAAAUAAUUGAUGAAAAAAACAUUUAGUUACCUUAUGAAAAGUCUGACACUUUGUUAUAUUUAUUUGAUUUAUUGACAUAACUCAUUCAUAUCAUGAAAACCUUUAAAUUGUAUAAAACAGUUUUCAUUUUUUAUGAAAUCACGAAAAAAUUUUUGUAUAAAAGUGGUAGUGAAAAAAAUUAUUAAGAUU